ACGUAUGACAUUUUUUAUUAAGCUAAUAAUAUCACUUUGAAUUGGUUUGCUUUUGUGAUGUCUAGGAAUGGACCUUGCCUACACUGCUAAUGGCUAUGUUUACCACACCAACUAUGACAGUCCAGCCGCCGUGACUCCAGGCUCCAUUCAGCGAGCUGGUGAUAACAUACUGGCCCUUGUUAAGAGUAUCAUCAACUCACCAUUUUUAGUUGACCCUGGAGAGUAUCGGCAUGGUGCUAUGGUCUUCUUUGACUUCCUUGGGGUAGUCAUGGUUCAUUAUCCAGAAAGAAUCGGUUUUGUUCUAAACAUAGUGACUGCUGCAGUGGCAGUUCUUUGUCUCCUUAAAAAGUUUGUUCAAUUUCCAGUGAGGAAGAAUACCACAGAAGGUGAAGCUGCAAGACAUAUGUCAUCCAUAACUGAUCUAUUCACCUCUCUGUUGGUUCUGUUAUUAUCAUGGUUGGUUGGUAUUGCCACGCCAGUUGCUAUUGCUAUACUUCUGACAUAUACUGGACACUCUCUCACUUGGUAUUGCCGACCCUACCUGCUUCUGCCAUUGUAUGCCGCUCCAUCUCUGUUUGGUGUUGGUUUUGUUCACUUCCUAGCAAGGAGAUAUCUUGUGUCAAAGAGCAAACCUGUGAUGGAGAAGGGCAAGCAGACAACUUCUGCUGAAGACAGGAUAGCAAGUUGUCUUGCAGCAAGAGAAACAGAAACAUUUUAUGCAUCUUUGUUAGUCUGGACAGUAAUCCUUUCAAUCAUGACUUAUUAUCAUCUGGCUUCGGCGCAUCUACCAUUGCUUCUGGUUAUCUUUCCAUUAGUAGUGCGGGUUUUUAUAUGGGAGACCUUCCUCGCAACGAAGACAGCUCAUCGAAAGCUAGAGACAUUUGCGUUCAUGUAUUUCCUAGCAAUCCUAAUACCAGUUCAGUUCUGUACUUAUAUAACGAUUGGAGUGCUUGAUGUUUUUGUCCCAAUCAUGGGUCGAGCUGGAACUGAAACACCUCCAGAUGUCUUUAUAGCUGUACUUUGUUCCUUUGCUGUUGUAAUGUUAACUUCUUAUGUGGUUAGUACUGUGUAUAUGAUGGGCAGUCUUAAACUUCCAGCAACUUUUCUGAUAUUUGUAUCUGCCCUUGCACUUUUGACGUCUCUCUUAGGGCUUUCAUUUCCUUAUUCAGCAGCCAAUCAAUGCCCUAAGAGGGUUUUCUUUCAGCAUAUAUCAAGAACAUUUUACAACAAUGAAGAACAAGUGAUUCUAGAGGAUUCUGGUGUCUGGAUCACUCCGCUGGAUUAUCUGGGAAUUAAGUCAUUCAGUGAUGUGCCCAUAUUUAACAAGGCAUUACCUGCACCACAAGAAGGAGUUUACGGAGGUUUUCCUUAUUAUCUACCCUUGAGGCAUGUCGUAAGAAAGUCUUGGUAUCUGCCUGGCCCUGCCCCUCAAGUCACAACAUCACCAUUGGAAGUGAAAAUAUUAACUAGAGAACAGCACAGCCAAGUUUACAUUUUUAAAUUCUUAAUAUCAGGUCCCGAUCACAUGACUGUUUAUUUAUCGCCCGCAAGUGGAGUGGAUCUGCUGACGUCAUCUCUUGGUCCACUGUACCCAAUUGAGGACCAAAAUGGCGAAGACAGAGUGACGUACUUUAUUUACUAUUCUCAUGGUACUGAUGUUGGACCCUGGGAGCUAUCACUUGACCUAGUGGCACAGGGGAAACUUCCAGCCAAGAGCAGUCUGCUAGACUUUGCUGUUGCAGCCCAAUACCUUCAUGGCAAGGAUUCAUCUUCACCUUUCCUAGAAGAAGUCAUACAAAAUACACCAGACUGGGUCUUCGGUAAUCACUGGGUUGACGCAUACAAGAGCUGGUCAUUCACCGCAUAACCUCAUCAUAUACCUCUGUUGGCAUUUUAUGACAACGAAUGUUCAAUAAUUUUAUUAUGAUUAUAAAACUGCAUCAGUCAAUGCAACUUCAAUCAGUUCCAAACACUAUUAUUCACACUGAUCGGAUGGGCGCUAAGAUAUUGGUACCUACGUUCUGAAAACUAACGAGGGAAAGUGUUCUGGUUAAAAGAUGAGCAAACCAUUCAAAUUUUGAGUGUUCAACUGAAUGGAAGAAAUCAUACCACCUUAACCUCCCCUGAAUAAACUGUUUUAUGCAAAUAA